CGGCAACGCCGCAAUCUAGGUAACAUGAAUGAUAAGAUCGUAUGUCUAUCCCGGGGUAACGACGGAGUCAUUUAGUACGUCAAAACGUCAUUUUUCCAAUCUUCAUUUGCAUUUUUAAAGCGGUGUAGAGAAAAAUUUCGCUAUGGAUAGUCUUCUACAGUCUAGUAGAGUAUAUUUCAAUAGUUGUCCUGCGUGGCCAUGUUAUCUUUACUCGGGCCGUUUCACAGUAUUCCAUAGCAAAUUCAUCUUUCAAUCUACAUUCCAUUACUGUGUACGGUAUUACAUUGCCAAGUGAUUUACAAACGCACCCCUGGAUGUUGACAUGUGGUUGACAUUCCUGUCACUGUUCUGUGUGUGUAUUCAAAAAUUAAAAUAAUCAAAAGUUGGUGGGUGUCUCACGUUUUGCCGGUGUUUUAUUUGUGGAAGUAUCCAAAUUUACUAAGCGAUUUUGGAUCAGAUUUCGUUAAUAGCGAUGCGAUCAUUAUACAAUAAGACUUAUACCAUUUUAAGAAGUGCUGUGACCCGUGCUAAUCUACAAAAGAGGUUUUCUGGGCGGUCAGUCACAGGCGAACGCACCAGGAUAUUAAACGAGACAACUUUAACCGGGCGACUCCUUUAUUAUCUGAACGAUAAGAAAAAUGAACAAGGAGAUCAGGAAAACAUGAAUGCCACUAACUUGCUGGGUAAGAUGAAAAAACAGGCGUUUGUAGACCUUGGCCAAUAUGAUAUCAAACAAAUCAACUGCAUUUUUAAUAUGUUGAGAGACAGGCACUUUUUGAAUAACAAGUUCCAAACACUGAAAUUGUUGCAGAAUUUGGAUCACGAAUAUAUGCAUAGACUGAAUGAAAUGGAUCCAGAACAAAUAUUUGAUGUGCUUAAUAGUUACAUGGCUGCGAUACCAAAUAGAAUCAUACAGUAUAUAUUCUACAAGGAAUCUAUGAAUAAACUCCUCGGUAUCAAAGAGACAUUGAACAAAGAACAAAUAAUAAAAUUGAUUUUUUUCAUCGGGCUCAAUAAGAAACAUGUAAAGGUUCAUGAUAUCUUAAGAAGCCUUUUAAAUCUUCUAGGAGAAAAAGAUAUACAAACCCUUUCUGUUGAAGACAUUUGCAUAAUAUGCCAAGCAACAUUCAAGACAGGCACAAAAGUUUACAAUAAGGUUUUCCUCGACAAAAUUGUCCAGUAUUUGAAUGAUAACUUAUUUUUACUGAAGGACCCAGCGUUAUUUAUUGCUUUGAUCAAAACCGUUCGGCAGAAUCGAUGUCAAACUGAGGAUCUGUUAGCGACGAUAUCAUGCACCAUGUUUUUUAAUAAAACAUUGCAGUAUUACUCAUUCGCAGCAUUAUCACACAUCUUAGCUGUGUACUCCGAUUACCUAUAUUAUGAUGAAAACCUGUUAGAUGCUAUUACAGAGAAGUCAAUCAGAAUUCUGAAAGAAUAUCAUUUCACAUCGACACACAAAUACUUCCUGGAGAAUCCCAGGAUAAAGGAUAUUAAAACACUGUUGUGGAGUUUAAGUAAUUUGAACUAUAAGGGCUUGCAAGCAGAUGAUAUUAAAGAUGUGAUAAUUCCAAUUAUAAUGAAGCGAUAUGCAGCAGGUGAAUGUAGAGAUGAUAAUAUGAGUCUACUGGAAAUAAUUUCACAUCUAUGGAUGCUGAAUUACCAUGCAUAUGAACUCAUUGAUAUAGUUUUAACAAAAGAAAAUGUGCAAAAAAUCAGAGCUACUUCCCUCCAAAAUAAACACAAACUCAACCAGCUGCUAUCCUGUAUAUUUUUCGAAGAUCGACCGCUUUUCCAAAAAUUAAAUAUCCAUCCUCAAUGUGAAGAUUAUGAACAAAAAUUUCAAAUGGAAAAGAGGCCAUUACUGACAAAAGUAAUGAAAAAUCUGGAAAGUGCCUCAUGUAGUAACGAGAUAACCAAAUUUGAGUUAGGUUGUCAGAUCCCAGGACUGAAUAUUUUGGGUAUAACCGGUUAUAAGAAAAAUAUCUAUAAGGCUGUGAAUAUUGAGGUUUUAGAUGAGUAUACCGUUUUGAAAAAUACUGAAGACAAACCUACUGGACCAAUGCAGCUAAAGCUUAGACUUUUGAAUGGGGCAGAGGAAGGUUUGAUAGUGGUUUAAAUGUGCUCCCAUGGCCUAAUAUUUGAAGAUACCAGCUAAAGAUGUCGAGGAUUACACAGACGAAGAGUUGAGAGAGUACUUAGGCGAUGAAAUAGAUUUAGUUUGUUGAAAAAUAAUUUGAUUUUCAUAUCUAAAUAGGUCAUCUCUUUCAUCAGCGAAACCUAUGGUGCGGCAAUGGAAAACGGUUAGUUUUUUAAUCAUUGGUCUAUUUCAUUGUAAAGUAAAAGUAUAAACCUCUUUCUACUUGUCUAUAUCAGCAUUCACCAGAAUUGAAGGGUACUGACACGACGGCUUACAGUUACGGGAUUAAAAAGGGGUGUACUUACAUUUCUGCUGCAAUGACGAAUGUGCAAACCUUGUAAGUGUUCGUCCUUGUAGUGUUGAGUGCGACCAUUUCUUCCAUAUUUAUAUUAGCUUAGUGUUUGAAGGGUGGUUUUUCUGUCAUUUACCUUCAAUGCGUACGCGUGAUAAAAUUUUGUAGUUAAUCUCUGGCCACCUGUUCUUUGAUUUCAAUUACAGAAUCAUUUUAUCUGAUUAAAUUCAGAUUAAAUGUGAUAUUAAAAAACGCGACAUUUAUAUAUUGAAAAGUGCCAUUUGACAUUUAUUGUAGUAAUUUGUGAUUUUAUACUGUUGCUAUAAACAUCUUUUUGGACACAUUUUAAUCAGUCACCAAAUAUAUUGAACAUUAGACAAGGGCAAUGUAACCUGUUAUUUCCUCUGUGGACAAUUAUAUUUUACUGCCCAUAACACAAUUAAUUUAUUAUUUCACAUUUUUAGAAUAAUUUUGAUAACAGCCUAUUGCAAAAAGCUUUAGAUUAAGACGUUAUGGAAGAAUAUAUGAGUCAGCCUUUUAUUUUAUGCUGUCCAUAGGGUCAACACAUACCAAAAUGUUAUAUGCUAAUGUAUUUAUAAUUUAUUGUGGUGAUGAAAACUGAUUAUUGCAUAUUGCUAGUCAAUUGCCGAUGCUAACGUUUGACAUAAUAUUUCCAACUCUAGUUUUUCGAUUUCUGUUUACUAAAUAAUUUUGUAAAAAACCAUAGUGAUGUAAUUUAUUAGCAAUUUUUCAUUAUCUAUAAUCUCAAAUGCCAUUUUGAAGUCUAAAAAUAAUGAUUACAAUAAUAAUAAUAGUGUCUUGGCAACCUUCCAUAUUAUGGCGAAGUUUAGCUUGAUUGCUACUCUUCCACUUAACCAUAAUAUGGACAAAA